AUGGCAGCCAAAUUCGGUGACUAUUAUCAUAUGUCGUUUGGUCCUAAAGCUUGUCUCAGUAUUAGCGAUCCAUCAUUAAUCGAAGGUGUCUUGAAAACAAAUGUACGUGUCUAUCAUAGGGCUGCUCUUGAACAAUCGACUCUUACAUCAUUGCUUGGUUAUGCAAAUAUCCUAUUGGCUGAAUAUGAUAAGCACAUUCGACAUCGGCGACUUGUUGCUCCUGUCUUUCAGCAUCAAAAUAUUAAUUCUAUGAUUUCUCUUAUGGUUGAGAGAACAUCUAGUUUUCUCGCCAGAUGGACAGAAGUUAGUAGUAAUAAAACUCAACCAUUAACUCUUAACAUUCAUGAAGAGAUGACAAAUCUAACAUUAGAUAUUGUAACUAGAUAUGUAUUCGGAACAGAAAUAAUCGGAGACCAACACGUUCAUGAAAUCAUUUCUCGAAGUAUUACAAUAGCAAUGAAAGAAUUAGAAAAGCGAAUUUCGGAAAAGCAUUGGCAUGAACCAAAUAAAUUCGAUCCAUCGAGAUUCAAUGAGCGUUAUUCUGAUAUUUGGCUGCCUUUUGGAGCAGGACCUCGUUCAUGCAUCGGACAAAAUUUUGCUAUGUUGCAGGCAAAAAUUAUGCUUGCAGCUAUUGUACGACAAUUUCAUUUUGAACUCGUGCCUGGUCAAAAACAUGUUCCAGAUGUUGCUGUCACUGCGAGACCUAAAUAUGGUAUUUGGAUGCGAAUUUCGUCACGUUAG